AUGAGAAGAAACAAAGCGUCAUCGGCCGAGCGCAGUCGAGCACAAGACGAAGAAGAAGAACAGCCCUGCGAGAAGCAAUCGGCGAAACGAGGAAGAAGCGCAAAUGGAGGAGGGAAGACGAGGAAGAAAGCAGCUCCCGCGUCCGUUUCGCUCGAGCAGUUCGUCUCCACCAUGUCCCCCUUGAUCGAUUUGGAGAAGGAAGCGGAGAUAUCGGCCUCGAUCAGUUCGGGAGCCGCCAGGAGCUUGGACGCUGCUCAGAGGAAAGGCUCCGUGAUGCUCAACUUGAAGUGCGUCGAUGCUCAGACAGGUUUGAUGGGGAAAACGCUCCUUGAAUUACAAUCCACGAAGGGGGAUGUCCUUCCUGCUCACAAGUUUGGCACUCAUGAUGUGGUCAUUCUAAAACCUAACAAGGCCGAUUUAGGAUCUCCUUCUCUUGGGCAAGGUGUAGUUUACCGCCUGAAGGAUUCAUCAAUUACUGUGGCCUUUGAUGAUGUACCGGAAGAGGGUUUGAAUAGCCCCCUGCGGCUGGAGAAGGUUGCAAAUGAGGUGACUUACCGAAGGUUGAAGGAUGUUUUGAUACAACUAAGUAAAGGUGUACAGAAGGGGCCAGCUGCUGAUUUAGUUCCUGUUCUCUUUGGAGAAAGACCCCCUGCAUUUUCAAAGAAAGAUACCACAGUCCGCCCCUUUAACACCGACCUCGAUCAUUCUCAGAAAGAUGCCGUAUACAAGGCUUUGUCAGCAAAGAAUGUAUUCUUGCUGCAUGGUCCUCCUGGAACUGGGAAGACCACAACAGUGGUAGAAAUUAUCUUACAGGAAGUAAAGCGUGGAUCAAAAAUCCUUGCAUGUGCAGCUUCAAAUAUUGCCGUGGAUAACAUCGUUGAGCGACUAGCUUCUCACAGAGUGAAGCUGGUGAGGUUGGGACAUCCUGCACGGUUGCUGCCUCAAGUAUUGGAUAGUGCACUUGAUGCACAGGUCCUUCGAGCAGAUAAUAGCUCGCUUGCAAACGACAUUCGGAAGGAAAUGAAGGCAUUGAAUGGGAAGCUGCUGAAAACCAAAGAGAAGGGCACCAGGAGGGACAUUCAGAGGGAGCUUAGGGCUCUUUCAAAAGAAGAACGCAAGAGGCAGCAGCUUGCUGUGACAGAUGUUAUUAAGAAUGCAGAUGUGGUAUUGUCGACAUUGACUGGUGCAUUUUCUCGAAAGUUGGAAAGUACAUCAUUUGAUUUAGUGAUCAUUGAUGAAGCAGCUCAAGCGCUUGAGAUAGCAUGCUGGAUGGCUAUACUGAAGGGUUCUAGAUGUAUACUUGUUGGAGACCAUCUUCAGCUUCCACCAACCGUCCAAAGUGUUGAGGCUGAGAAGAAAGGUUUGGGAAGAACACUUUUUGAACGCCUGACAACUUUAUAUGGAGAUGAAGUCACAUCCAUGCUUACUGUUCAGUACCGCAUGCAUGAGCUCAUCAUGAAUUGGUCUUCGAAGGAGCUCUACAACAGUAAGAUCGAAGCUCAUUCCAGCGUUGCUGCUCAUAGGCUUUUUGAUCUUGAGGAUGUAAAGUCAUCAAGUUCAACUGAACCAACCCUUCUUCUCAUCGACAUAGCUGGGUGUGACAUGGAAGAAAAGAAGGAUGAAGAGGAAAGCACUUUGAACGAGGGUGAAGCUGAGGUUGCGAUUGCUCGCAAAAGACUCGUCUCCUCUGGAGUCCGUGCUUCUGAUAUUGGAAUCAUAACACCUUAUGCUGCACAGGUGGUUUUAUUGAAGAUGCUGAGAGGCAAUGAAAACAAACUCAAGGAUAUGGAAAUCUCAACGGUGGAUGGUUUUCAAGGUCGGGAGAAGGAAGCGAUCAUCAUUUCAAUGGUUCGUUCAAAUUCAAAGAAAGAGGUGGGUUUCCUGAGUGACCACAGGCGAAUGAAUGUGGCUGUUACACGGGCAAGAAGACAGUGUUGUCUCAUCUGUGAUACCGAAACCGUGAGUAGUGAUGGAUUCUUAAAGAGACUAAUUGAGUACUUUGAGGAGCAUGGCGAGUAUCAAAGUGCCUCAGAGUAUUGCAACGAAUAAGCAAACCGUCUGGUUAGGUGAAGCCUUUGUUAUUGCUUUCCUUUGGGGUACUUGUCAUACAGGUUUCGGACUAAUUGUUAGGGCCUUGAAUUUCAACACCCAAAAGAAAGAAUGUUAUAUGAAUUGAGUCAACCAGGUAAUCUGAAGGUUGCUUCACCAAGCCUGAGCAGCCUAUCUUUGAUUUAAUGACGGUUAUGUCUAACGCUGCAUAUUGAGAUAUUGAUGGGAAUUGCUUUAGAUUAUAAAGAAAAUCUAUGAUGGUUCAUUUCUAAUUA